GAGAUUGGAGUCUGCUGGGAACUCCAUGGUGCUAAAUUUUUCAAGAUGUCGUCGCUGGAACAGAGGCUCUCGAGGAUCGAGGAGAAGCUAAAGCAGGAAAACGAAGAGGCCCGUCGGAGAAUUGACUUGAGCAUCGACAUGAGUCCGCAGCGAUCACGCCCGAGGCCAAUCAUCGUGAUCCAGCUCAGUCCUGCUCCAGCCCCCUCCCAGCGUGCAGCCCUGCAGCUGCCCCUGGCCAACGAUGGCGGCAGCCGCUCGUCCUCUUCAGAGAGCUCGCCCCAGCACCACCCGUACCCCAGCCGCCCCCGACACAUGCUCACCCUGCCCACGCCUCCCUACGGCCUGCAGAAGAGUCUGGAAAAUGCUGAAAUUGACCAGAAAUUACAGGAGAUCAUGAAGCAAACGGGUUACCUGAAGAUUGACGGUCAGCGAUACCCAGCCGAGGUGUCGGACCUGAUCAGCGAGGGAGAGAUCGGCAGCGGCACCUGCGGACAGGUCUUCAAAGUCCGGUUCAAGAAGACGGGUCACGUCAUCGCCGUCAAACAAAUGCGCCGAACAGGAAAUAAAGACGAAAAUAAGAGGAUCUUGAUGGACCUGGAUGUGGUUCUUAAAAGUCACGACUGUCCCUACAUCAUUCAGUGCUAUGGAGCAAUCGUCACCAAUACGGAUGUGUUCAUCGCCAUGGAGCUGAUGGGAACGUGUGCAGAGAAGCUGAAGAAGAGAAUCCAGGGGCCCAUCCCGGAGCAGAUUCUGGGAAAGAUGACCGUGGCGAUCGUGAAGGCGUUGUUGUACCUGAAAGAGAAACACGGCGUCAUCCAUCGGGACGUGAAACCCUCCAACAUCCUCCUCGACGCUAAAGGUCAGAUCAAGCUGUGCGACUUUGGCAUCAGCGGACGGCUCGUCGACUCUAAGGCCAAAACUCGCAGCGCCGGCUGUGCUGCCUACAUGGCGCCUGAACGGAUAGACCCCCCGGAUCCCACCAAACCCGACUACGACAUCCGAGCAGACGUGUGGAGCCUCGGCAUUUCUCUGGUGGAGCUGGCCACGGGACAGUUUCCUUACAAGAACUGUAAGACAGACUUUGAGGUUCUGACCAAAGUCCUGCAGGAAGACCCUCCUCUGUUGCCUCUCGGCAUGGGUUUCUCCCUGGACUUCCAGUCCUUCGUCAAAGACUGCCUCACAAAAGAUCACAGAAAAAGGCCAAAAUACCAUCAGCUGCUGGAGCACAGUUUCAUCAGGCGCUACGAGGUGCUGGAGGUGGACGUGGCGGGCUGGUUUCAGACAGUGAUGGACGGCACGGAGUCUCCUCGCAGCAGCCAGUGUUACAGCCAUCAGCACAUGCUCCACUCCAUCUUCAGCAGGUAGCCUAGCCUCAGCUGACGCGGCUCUCCAGACUAGCCUAGCUUUAGCUUCGCCUGGCCCGGCCCGGCCUGUCCUAGUCUAGCUGGUGCGGCAGCCGCGCCCACUUCUCAGCCCAUCCGUGCUCGCCCACCUGUUCACCAGAAGAACCCCAAACGGGACACACAGAGCUAAACCUUGGAGGACUCCGGAUGGACAGAUGGCGUGAUGACCACAGUGGACGGAGGAUGGAUGGAUAGACGACAAAAAGGGGGGGGGGGGGGGUAUUUAUUGCUAGAUUGAACUGGCAGACAUACUUGGCGUUCACGGAGUGGAGGUGUCGCACUAUCACCUCCUUUCUAUCUUUAACAGCUGUAUACUAACAAACUGACCUUUUAGUGUGUACUUUUUGUUUCCGUUUGGAUCCAAACCGUUGGAUUUAUCAGCAGAAUAGUCACGACACACUGGAACAAAGUCAUCAAACACAAACGACUCUUGUAAAUAGAACGAGGACACGUGAAGCUACUUUGUGGAUCGAACACACGCUCAGGCGACGCUCACUGGCUGUUUUUCACCGGACCGCUUCGUCACUUUUUUUAGUUCACACUACACCUCUGACCCACCGGUGGCGCAUUCAUCGCGGUGACAUCACGAUAACACGUCGUCUGUUUUUAGCUGCAAUUAUAAAAGGGAGAGAAAAAAAUGGAAACAAAAAAAUUAGUGAGUUUUUAAGCUUUUGCAGGUUCAGUAAAAGUCUUUUUUUUUUCUUGGAUGAGCUAAAACAAAAGUGGUGGAAAAGGGAAGGAGAAAGGAAGCUGAGUGGAUCUGUGUCCUAAAAACGCUGAAGAUCUCAGUGACUUUAGGAUCUGUUAGGCGGCUGGAGAUCACCCAACACCAGCUUCAUUCUUUGACGUGAAACGGAGCGGGAGAGCGUCUGCACAGAGAGCAGGACGCAGGUCCGAUUACCCUUGAGAGCAUUUCUACGCUGCACUCUUUCUGCCUUCCUCUUAGUCCACCGGCUGCUUGGACUGAUGGAGAAUCUCAGACCAGAGGCUGCAUGUCGGGUAUGGAUGGAGCCGUGGAGUCGAAUUCAGACAAAGUGUGGCUUUGAGGGGAGGAGUCAAACUGUCCAACGGCUGGGAGGUUUGAAACCAGCAGCAGACGUGCAGUUCUGACGUAAACGCCUCGUUCAAGUCUUGUUUAGUGACAGAUCCGUCCGUUAUCUGAACCCGCUUUAGCCUACCGAGGGUUACAGUGGAAACCUGAACAUGAGGUUUGACUCGAUCUGCGAGACGUCUGAUCCUACCGAAGUUUAAAGUGUCGGGACUUCCGUCUGUGGAUUCCUGGAAGUCAUCAGCAGGUGACUGUAGUUUAGGCUGGAAGGCUAAUUUAACCAAACAUUAAGAGAAGGUUUCUUUUUAUGGUAGAUCUGGACUCCGUUAGACAGUUGGAGGAAAAGUCUUCUGCCUUCAGAAAAAAACGCUCAUUGAUGGAAAAUCCUCUACUCGGCCGAGUUUAGGUCUUUUUCCAGUUGAUGGUUCAAAUCCGAGGGCUGCGUUCCUCUUCACGUCACAGCGCCGUCCAGAACCAACGACUCCUGCAAACGCGGCCAACGAAUACGGCCUUCUUUUUCCCGUUUUCAAGGAUCGGUCUGCUCCAUCCUUUUUAUGCUGUCCAUAUCCCAGGAUGCAUUGCAGCAGAACCCGGAGAUAUUCUGACAACGGCGAAGCUGCCGAGAUCAAAAGUUGGAUCAAAGAAGCCAGGAAAACUUUGAGCUCCAUGCCCGGUUCAGUACUCCUCGGGACUGACGGUUGCUAGGCAACGAGGCAUUCGCCAGCCGUAGACAACCGGCCUGCCGGGCCAACGUCGCCAUUGCAGGACGCAGCCCUCGAAUUCGGACACGCCCAUUGUUGGCCCGAGCCACUGAAGGAAUCCCAGGUCAUGACACUGCCCCCGCAUGCUGCAGCAUGGUUACAUCUGAUGAUCUUUUCUCAUCAUUUUAGGCCCCGUCUUUGCUCUCUGCAGCAAAAAUGAACGUUCACCUUCACAUGGAGGCUGUCCAGAUAUCCCAUCUCCCCUCUUUGCUUUUGUUUUUAUUUAUUUGCUUUUAUUUGAAGUCACUUUUCGGGGUUCUGGUAGAUCUCCUGGGGCGGUCUAGAUCUGUAGUGAACCAAAGGCCUCCCCACAUUUGACGCCUCCCCGAUGAUGAGGCGACACAAAACACGUCCAUUUUUAUGAGGAGGAGGAGGACCACCGCCUCCUGCCUCGCAGGGUCACAGCCAAAACCCGCUAGAGGGAGACUCGAAGCUCCAGCCCGCCAUCUUUCACGGGCCAAACCAAACCGGCGCCUUCGAAGGGAGUAGCGGCUGCCAUUGAGGGAGGAGACAGGAAAGAGGAGGAGUGACAGAGAGGAACAGGGACGUAGGAAUGAAUGGAAAGACUAGAGGAAGUGACAUGAUGGAGAGAGGAAAGGUGGACCGAAAGUUAAGAGAAACGAGGAACCGUCAGUUUACCGGAAGAGCUUUCGUGGUUUUGAACCAUCAAACCGAUUAUGGCUAACGAGUUAGAGCGUGGGAUCAGUUUACUGUUCAGACCGUGUAAUUUAUUUGCUGCUGCUGCUACGUUUGAUCGCUUUAGACGCUGCUGUCUCUUCUUUUCCCCAAAGGACGAGUUUUUGUUUCUUUCAAGCCAAAUAAAUGAAGUAAUGCAACGUCGACACAUUUUACCAAAUACAGAGGAGGAGUCAGGCCGGAGGAAGCAACACUACAGCUCUGUAGAAACGUCUGUCUGUCCAGGUCCGUGUCGCAUCCGUCCAUCCAUCCCUCCACCGGUCGUCUGCGAGCUCCGUGACGGAUCACACCAAAGGUGACCACGACGCGGCAAAAGAACAAGAGCAUCGUUGUUGUUGUUGUAAUGAUGACCAUUGUUUGUGACCUUAUAAUGGAUUACUCUAAGCUAUAUGUGAAUUAUCUCUAGCUAGUAGGGAAGGAUGAGUGUGUGUUUGUGUGUGUGUGUUUAUAGUGUGCAGGGGGGGGACUGGUGCACCCCCACAGGGCAGCAGCCGGCUCACCGGAUGAACGGCGUUCGGCCGAAGCGCCGCCGUCUUUUAAACAAGUGUGCCAAAAAAAAAAGAACUGUCUCAAACACUUAAGUGCGUAAACGACGGAGGCGGGGCUCCAGAUGCUGACCCCGCCCUCCACCGCCACCUUUAUGAUCUGAAGAAUUUAAGCCCCUUCAGGAAGUUCUCCAUCUGUUUUGGGAAACUUCAUUUUUGAAACACCUGUCACUGAAGAAGAUUGUAAAAAAUGAUUUUAUGGACUAUUUUUUUAGCCCGUUUUUAUAAAAAUUAGCCCACCUAAACCAUCCUAACUCGUACGUUUAACUUGUUUUCUUCUGCUUCCUGAUGUAAACAAAGAAUUGCGUAGAAUUCCUCCGCUCCUAGAUGAAAUGCAAAGAACCCCAAACCGGCCUCCGUCUCUGGUUUGGGACUGGACUUCUCCAUGGUUCUGGUUCUGGAGACAUCCUCACGGUGCAGUUCCAGUUGUGACCGCUAGAGGCCACUGUCCGCCCCCGACGAGCUUUGCUGUCAAACUGUUUGACUUGAGGCCAAAGCUGCACGCGGUCUCCCGCUGUCAUCUGUUUACGCUGCAGACGCACACGCACACGCUCACCUGCCCGUGCUGCGCGCGCGUCACUCCCCCCCACACGCCCGAUUGGUUGACGGUGCCACGCCGCCCUUCUGCCUCCUCUAAGGUGAGAGCACCUGUGCGCCGGCUGCUGCUGCUGCCGCCGCUGUGGCUUUGCGUGUACAUGAGCCUGUCAGGCGCGCCGCCGGUUGGAGGCCGCGCCGUGCCUUGGCACCGAGUGCGUGCGCGCUGUAACCCAUCUGUAAGUAAACCAAAUAUCAUUUUCACUAUGCAGUCACUCAAAGCACCUCAGCUUGUGUCGAGGCAGAGCAAGGGACGUGUUUUGACUGAGCUGGCUUAUAUUUAAGGAUUGUAUUGGGGUUGGGGAGGGACGGUUUUUUUUUAUUUGAAUUUGUUUGUUUGGGGGGGUUGCAGAUCAGUGCUGUAAAGUAUAUCAGUUGCAUGUUUAUGUCACGGCUGUAACCGCCAUUGUUUGUGUUUAAGCCAAUGGCCGGUUGGGACGGGGAUGCACAAACAAAUCUAUUCUUAUUUAUAAUUGUUUUUGGCAUAUUUUAUGUAUUUCUCUUUUUUGUUGUUUUUUUAAUGUGAAAAUAUUGUGUACUUAGGAAGAUACAAGUGUUUUAGCCUUUUUUUUUUUUUUUUAAUGUUCUCUGUUCAUUUUUGCUAAAUGCUGUUUCACUUUGGACUGUCCCAGGAGGAGGGGGCGGAGUCUAAUUGGCUGACAGUGUUAGAAAAAUGGGAGCCCCCGCUGCCCCUCUUGUUGUGUGUCUUUCUCUUCAGUUGUGUGUGCAGAGAGCGCGUGUGACGUCUGUCUACCAAAAGAUUGAUUUAUGACUAUUAGCGUUUAGAAAUUUCUCUCAAUGUCAUUUUUUUAUUUUAUAAUUAUGAUAGUUUUUAUUCUUUCUUCUUUUAUGAUUCAGGGCAAUAAUGACACCAAAUUGAGAUGGAAAUAAAUGGGAGAUCCCAGACUGUCGAGGUGGAGCAACGCCGUUAUGCUCCGCCCUCCUCAUACGGCGAGACUCCAAGCCGAAACGUUAUUAGUUUUGGUUUUUCUUGCUAUUCACGUGUUUUGUUUUCUUUAUGCUCAGUUGUUUCUGUUGCCCCUGUCGGGGUGCUGGUGGUAUUUUCUCUCCUCGUUGUGCGGGACGCCGCUCCGUAAGGCCGCCCCGUAAGGACGCUGCACACUCGGGACGGCCUUUUGUUUGCGUCGCUGUUUGUCGUGCAGAAAAGAGAAUAUUUGAAAUCUUCUUUAUUUUCUCCGUCGCAGCAUUUUAUUUUUAUUUUUUUUCAAUCAUGAGUCUGUGACGGAAAAUGAUUCAGACGUGUAUUUUUCUCACUGGUAUUUAUUUAUUGGUCUUUAGUUGUUUUUUUUCUGGGUGGGGGCUUAAUGUUUUUUAUUAUUGUGGGGGGCAGACAGGACUUGAGGCACCGGUUGUGUUUGAAUCUUUUGUCUCCUAGAUCCAGUUUCUGAAACAAACCAACUGGUGUUUUGAUGCUUUUAACGUGAAACUCUGGGUGCUUUUUAACCGGAUUUACUGAACGCCACCCACUUUACUUUGAAAGGUUUGUGUGUCAUAACCUGCACUUCCUGGUUGCAGGGCGCCCCCCCUCCCCCUCUUUGAAGUGUCCCUGAGGUCUGUCGUUUGGUUCCUUCAAAACGCCAUCAUCAGCUGAUCUCACAUGACUUUUGCUGUUUUGCAGGGUUUGGGGGGGGGGGGGGGGGGCAGCUUCGCGCUCUGCUGUUUAAAAAAAAAAAGACACACAAUGACCUGUGUUGUAUUGACAGUUGACAAACUUGUUUUUUUUCUUGGCCGUUUCCUCUCCCCCCCUCCAUGGUCUCAUUUCAAACAUAAAAAAAUGCCAUUAUAUUGUGAAUACCUCAGGAUUUUUGGAAGAAAAAAAAACAAUAAAACACUUAAAAAUCCAAUAAAUCUAUCAAAAACCUCCA